CCCCCUGGUUCACAGUGCUGGUGGUGGCAUGGGUGCUGUGUGGGCUGGGGGUAGCAGCAUGGCUGCUCUACUGGAAGCACUCGCAGUAUGUGAAUCACAGGGAGGAGGCGCUGGGCGUGUGGUGCAAGGAGCGCGCCCUCAUGCUGCAGCAACUCGUGCUUACACAUGUGGGGCAACUGCAGGACAGGGUGUGUGCGUUCGCGGGCAUGUCGCCCAUACAGCUGCUGGAGGAGACGCAGAGGGCCGUGGGUGCAGACGCCAUCACACGAGGAGCAGUUCGGCAAGCUGCAGCAGGCGAAUGCGCAGGUGGAGGUGGAGAAGGUGCAACGCAGGGAGGCCAUUCUCAAGGAGGUGCGUCCAUGGGGCUUGCAGGUGCGUCCACGGGGCUUGCAGGUGCGUGGGGCAUGGAGGUGCGUGGGGCAUGGAGGUGCGUGGGGCAUGCAGGUGCGUGGGGCAUCCAGGAGCUGUGCUUGGAAGAAGGUGGGAGAGAUGAGGGACAAGUACGAGCGUCUGCUGGCUGCCGUGGCGGACGCACAGGAGUGAGCAGCAGGUGCGUGGCAGAAGAGAUUGAGUUGACGCUAAAGGCAGAAGAAGAUGUGGCAUGUGCGGAGGCGCUGCACCAGCUGGCAGUGGUGGUGGCGUUUGGUGGAGCGGAGGAGGGCGACGCUGGGGACAUACUCAUGGCUGUGGCGGCUCACCCCUCUUUCGCCUCCCCACUCGCAUCUCACUGGUCUUCCUCUUCUCUCUGCCACCCGCCCACUGCCCCCCCCUACCCCCAUAUGCUCGCCUGCAUGGCCCCAGAGCUUGCACCUGCAGCAGACACUGGCCAAGCCGGUAGAGGCGCUGCUGGGGGAGAUGCAGCACGUGGUGGUGAGAUGCAGCACGUGGUGGUGAGAUGCAGCACGUGGUGGAGGGUGCAUGCAGCAGCAGCAGCAGUGGCGGCCAAGGCGAGGCGCAGAAAGGCGGCCGCUAUGGUGGUGAUGGGGGACGCAGGGGGGGGCACAGCGGGGGAUGCAGAGAGAGGGCGGGGGGGGUCGGAGGAGGAGGAGGUAGCACAGGAGGAGUUUGACGAGGUGGCAAUGACGCUGGCGUGCCGCAUCCUCGCCCUGCAGCAGCGCCAACCCCGCCUGCUGCUCACCCCUGGCCCUCAAACACAACGCCGCUAA